UCUCUGAGCACCAUGUCCGCACCUCCCACCAGCAAUGGGGUCUUUGUCGUCAUCCCCCCCAGCAACGCCAGCGGCCUGCGCCCGCCUCCAGCCAUCGGACCACCCUCCCUGUGCCAGCAUCCCAGGAUCAUGCAGUUUGAGGAGCCACCACUGGGGGUGCAGACUCCACGGGCCAGCCAGCCGCCAGACCUCCGGCCCAUGGAGACAUUCCUUACAGGAGAGCCCAAAGCGUUAGGGACGGUGCAGAUCCUCAUCGGCCUCAUCCACCUGGGCUUCGGCAGCGUGCUGCUCAUGGUCCGCCGCGGCCCGCUCGCGAUGCUCUUCAUCGACGGCGGCGUCCCCUUCUGGGGAGGAGCCUGCUUCAUCAUCUCCGGGUCCCUUUCAGUGGCUGCCGAGAAGAACCACGCCAGCUGCCUGGUGAGGAGCAGCCUGGGCACCAACAUUCUCAGCGCCACGGCGGCCUUUGCCGGGACAGCCAUUCUGCUCAUGGACUUCGGCGUCACUAACUGGGAUGUGGGCAGGGGCUACUUGGCCGUGCUCACCAUCUUCACCAUCCUGGAGUUCUUCAUCGCAGUCAUUGCCACCCACUUUGCGUGCCAAGCCACCCGCACCCAAGCCAACACGCCGGUUAUUUUCCUCCCAAACGCCUUCAGCACGGACUUCAACAUCCCCAGCCCGGCCGCCUCUCCGCCCCCUGCCUAUGACAACGUGGCGUAUACGCCCAAGGAGUCGUCAGAGUAG